AUGCCAGCCGUCAGCUCCCCCAGGAAGCUGGCCUGCAAAGGUCUGAUCUGCACACCGAGCACGCCUGCUCCUACGAGGAAGCGUCGACAGCCGACUAAGGAGCUGCUCGAGAGGAUGACUCGGUGCGAGGAGCUCCUGAGGUUAUGUCUGGAGCAGAACGCCCUCUGCCACACGGCCGGCUUGAGAUCGUCCCCUUCUACUUCCUCUUCUUCGCCGCCGCCCAAGUCUCGCGGGACACCUUCGGUCGAGGGCGAUCAGGUCCUGCCCUCGACCGAGAAUGAUGAUGCCAUGGCAGCCGCGAACGAUAUGUCGUUGCGACCGAGGUCAUAG